GUGCACAAAUAGUGCUUUGGUAAGUCGGACGUACGGUGACGGUGCCCGCGUGCUAUAAGAGAAACGCAAAAGUUACACUCUUCCCAUACAAAAAGAGAGAGGCAAAAGCCCCGAUCUCUCGCUCACUCAAUCGCUCACUCGCUCGCAAAGUCGGGAAAAAAGUUUUACCAAUCAAGUUUUUUAUUUCGCAAUAAUGUAUUACAUAUAACAAAACUUCAACCUAGUUAAAAGUUACUGUUGUUGUUGUGAACUUUUGUGUGUAUGUGUGCGCGGAACAUAUAUGCAUAUGGAUUGGCAUCGCUCUAUUGUGUAUGUGAAUGUGUAUUUGUUGUUUGUUUGCUUUUCGUUCGUAUCGAAACAGCAAAAGCUAAUGGAACUGUGAACUGUACGUGCCUUGCUUCAAAACAACAUCCAACUCAACUCGAAAAACAAAAAAAGAGAAAUUUAAUCUACUCUCUACGAUCAUAUUGUAGUAUUGUGAAAAUCUCGAAUACAAUCGAUCGAUCAGUAAGAACUGAAACAGUUGUCCCAUGUUGUCCAUAUGAACCUGUGUUGGUGUAGAUGUGUUGAAACUGAAAGUAAUAAUUUUACAUACAUACAUACAAACAUCUGUAUGUAUGCAAAAGGAAUAGAACGCGUUUAUCCACACACUCACACUAAACACUCGCACACACAUACAUACAUACAUACAUGUGCAGGUACAUAUAUAUGUGAGCGACGAGCAUACAGAAACUUUAACCAGAGACUGUGAAAGUGGAAAGCUCUGCUCAAUCUGCUUACUUGUCAUUUGUGUGUAUGUAGAGAAGUGUGUGUGUGAGUAUAUAUGUAUGCAUAUGCAUAAUACUACAACUGCUGCAUUUACAUAUGUGUAUGCCUGUGUGUGUAUGCAUGUAUAUUACAUACAUAUUCCGAAAGUCUACAGAAGAUUUUCCAGCUAUUUGUGAAAGGGAGUAAUUGCCACAAGACUUAAUGAAAGAGUUUCAAAGAAUGUUGAUGUUGCAAUACAGCAAGCAUGGUGAGUGCAUCCUCAAAGAAAUCGGAGCAGCCUUCAGAGGAGAGCAUCCAGCGGACCUAACCAUAGUCUGUGAGAACAAAGUGAAGCUGCAUGCCCACAAAUUAGUUCUCGCCGCUGCCAGUCCACUCAUAAGGAAUUUGUUGGAGGAUACUCACUUGAGCGAUUGCACAACAACGGUCUAUUUUCCCGAUGUGAAUGCGACAUAUUUUAAAUUUCUAUUGGAUUUCUUGUACUCGGGCCAGACGUGUAUAACAUCGCGAGAUGUGAACUAUCUGCACGAUUUGUUGCUGCUGCUGCAGAUCAAAUCGGACAGUUGGAAGACGACAGAUUCCGCGUAUCUGAGCAGUAAAUGCGCCAGCUUACGCGACAGACCGAGGAAGCAGCAAUACACAUCCUCCCAAUCCUUGGAUCAGUCCCUCAAAUACGAAGUCGAGAGUGUGGAUGAGGCACGCAAUGCGGCUAACUUUUCCACAUAUUCGGCGGAGAAUUGUGAGAGCGCCAACGAGUGCACCAAUAAGGAUAAUAAUGAUGAUGACGAUGAUUGCAGCGCCGCAAGGGGCGACAACAGCAGCAAGGACAAUAAGAGCGACAAAGACACCGAUGAAGUUGUUAACCUCUCACACAUUCCAGCUGGCGGCGGACUUGCCAACAGCAGCAGCAGCACCAGCAGCACUAAUAACAAUAACAACAGCAAUAAUAACAACAACAAUAACAACAACAGCAAUUCGACAGUAAACCCAGUUAAUCUAUCACUCGAUCUGCGAACGAAGAGCGACAAUCACUCGUCACGGAACGAUAUUAGCAAAUCCUUUCUAUCCAAACACAAUAGCGCUGACGCGAUCAGCGCCAAUGAGAGUACGAAGCGUAAGGGUCUUUUCUUUGAGGCCCACAAGGAUAUUAUGAAGCCACUGUCCGACGGGUCGGACAUCAAUAGUUCCCCGGAGAACUAUGUGGUGACGCCGCAUCGAAAGAGACGGCCCGGUUUCCAUAAUACCCAGAGCGACAAUCAACCGUUUACAACAUAUCAGCACAAUCUACUGGAAGAGCUGCGAUUGGUCAAGUCGACAACGUCACCGAUAGCGGGAUUGGCAGCGGAAAAGAACCUAUUAUCGCAUCUGGAAGAUGGCACCCUCAACACGGACACUCUCACGCCGCCGGAACGGAAACUAUUAGAAGCACAACAACAGCAGCAGCAACAACAUCAACGCAAUCAUCGUGGUCAGAGUCCGGAGCUGCAAAUGCAUCUGGGGCAACAGUUUGUGUAUCAAUGGCAGUCGAAUCAAAAUGCCGCCAUUUCAACAAUGCCCAAUUUGCAGUCGCGUCUCUCCAGUUUAUCGCAUAUUAACUUAAAUCUUGAUCCGGAUGGGGGUCGCAACAAUAGCAGCACCGUCGUCGCCGCCGCCAAUACAAAUUCCCACUCAACGUCGUCGUCGUCGGUGCGCGAAUAUCGCUGCGAAUACUGUGGCAAGCAGUUCGGCAUGUCGUGGAACCUGAAGACCCAUCUCCGCGUCCACACCGGCGAGAAGCCCUUCGCCUGCCGACUGUGCGUCGCCAUGUUCAAGCAGAAGGCGCACCUGCUGAAGCAUCUGUGUUCGGUGCAUCGGAAUGUUAUAACGACGACGAAUGGCACCGAUACGGAGAAUCGCUACAGCUGCUGCUUCUGCUCGAUGUGCUUUGAGUCCGUGCAGGAGCUGGUGCGUCAUUUGUCCGGGCAUCACAACAAUCUGCUGCUCACUAAGAAUCUUCGGGAAUAAUCAUCUACAGAAUACAACAAAAAUACACACAACAGAUCUGUUUGACUGGCGGCGUCGUCAUCGCUUCUCAAAUAAGUAAUUGCAAAGAGACCUGAAUUUUAUAUACAUAUGUAUAUACAACAUAAACUUACGGUAAACAGUAAAGAACAAGAGCAAACAACAAAAAAAGCAAAAUGCAAUUGUAUAAAUAUGUAAAAUGUACAUUUAAAUCAGCAUAGAAUUUUAUUAACAUUCAAUUGAAUUUUACUUGGUCGACAUGUGACAGCCCCCAAAAAACUAAAAAAAAAAACAAAAAACAAAAAAAUAAUAUGAAAAAGGUGCA